AGAGGACAGCGGACCGAGGUACUUUACUUACUGUCUUUGGUCUUUGGAUCAGUUUAGUUUAAAGUUCGGAAGGAGUAGUACGUGUGACGUGUUCAUUAUUUAUUAUUGUGGUUUACAAAAAUUGAUUCAACGAAACCGGUUUGAUUUCACAUUAGAUUAACGAUAUUGGGCUUUUCCGUUUCAUUGAAUUUUAUUUUAAGUAAAUUGCAGUUGUUGAAAUGGCUUUGAAAUAUAUAAUAAUCGUACUUUGCAUAGGCAUGACAUGGGCCCAGUCAGAACCAUCCAUCUCUGAUGCUAUCAACAACCUACCUCCUGAACUACAAGGAAAGGUAGAUGAACAGCAAGUUACCGAACUGAAAAACAAAUCUAUGCAAGUUUUUAAGAAGAAAUGUGAAGAAAAUGGCGGAACAGAAGCAUAUCCACAAAGUGAGAAAUCUUUUGUACAUUUCGUCGAGUGCUUAAAAGAAUUGGUCGAUCCUGCAAAGCUACAGGAAGAGAUUGAAGAGGCAAAGCCAACUGGUCAAGUAGACGAGGUCUUCAAGAAAUAUUGCGACAAAACACCAUCUUUCAAAAGUUGCUUCCGAAACAUGACCGAGUCAGUAAAGCCUUGUUUCUCGGUUGAAGAACAAAAGAACCUUAAGACCGUUUAUAACAUAUCCGAACAAUUAGCGGAGUUCGUAUGCUUCAAGGAGGGAGAUAGAAUUGCACUUUUUAUCGCGGAAAACGGUCCAGAAUGCUUCAACGAGAAAAAAGCUGAGCUCGAAAUGUGCGCGAACCACACAUUGGGUUCGGAAUUCCACUACGACCAGAACAAGUUCCCCAUUGACAACAUUCCAGAGAUUAAAUUCGGGGAGGAAGAAUGCGAUAAAUUCGCUGAACUGCAAGUCUGCGUCGUGAGCGCUCUAGAGACGUGUUCGACGCCCACGUCAGCGAACAUUGUCGAGUCACUCUUCAAAUUCGUCAGAAAGUCUACACCAUGCAAGGAAUUACCUGAUACUACGAAAAAUAAUAACGCAAAUUCGGCCAACAGUCUCACUUUCAAGUCUAUAACAAUGGGUAUGAUUGUACUCGCUCUACUUGUUUAAACACACGCAGUCGCCUCGUAUGCUAUGACGCCCUGGUACCUUACUUUGAUUCUUUACGUAUCGCCAAAGGUUGAAGGAUUUUGCUUAAAAUUCACUUGUUUUUCUCAUAAUGAUUAUUAUUUUCUAUAAUUUUUUAAAACGGGUUUGUCUUUGAAUUUUGAGUAUUUACAUUUAAAUUAUAAGAAAGAAGAGAAGACAUUUAAAUCAUAACUUUUCUACGAGCUGUAAUUUGGCAAAAUUCUUAAGGAUCCGUAUGAAUUGCUAGCUUAAUACGAAUAAUGGUAGGUAAGAACUAUAUACUAUUUUUGUAGCUAUUUUCGUUUCAAUUGAAACCAAAUAUCGUAAUAGUUAUGACGCGUACCUUUAAUUAUAUUAGAAUGCUUAAAGCGUUGGAAAUUACAUAUCCAUGAUAAUAUAGAUAGAUAUUGUAUUUUCAUAUGCCAAUGAUCGCCAAAUUCUUCGCUUCCAUCCGAAUUAGAUAAUUAUUGCAGAUAUAUUUUUAAUACAAGCUAUAAAAAAUGGGUGUUUGAAGGGUAUUUUCUUCUUGUAGUUUUGUAGGCUGUCUAUUUUAUGUCACUUUGAAUGUAUAAUAAGCUGGGGUUGCCAUUAAUUAAAUUUUAUGUAUUUGUCAAAUGUUUAAGACUUAAUCAAUGAACUUCGUUUUAACAUUUUUAAAUGUAGAUUUUAAUGCGAUUUAUAUUAAUCUAUUUAGACUUUUAUCAAUAAUAAUAAUAAGUAGUAAUUAUGCAUGAUGUUAUACAUACAUUUGAGUGGCCGAUUACAGUUUAUUUUGACUUAACUUUUAUAGGUUGUGACAUAUUACAGAGGGAAGUGCUCUCGAGGUUAAGUUAAAAUUUCUGAAAGAUUAAUCGUUUAUAUUUAUAUUAUUUUCAUUAUAAUUAUGAUUGUAUAUUAAAUACUGUAAUUUUAGCGUUCAAUAGAUUUGUUCGACUAUAGACUAUAAUAGACGUAGAAACGUUUAAAACCAGAACAAAUAAUCAUUUAUGGCAAACAUAAAUUAUUUAAAGUGUUAGAGCUGGCCUAUUAGACAAUUUUGCUUUAAGUUUAUAGUUUUGUAUUGUUUUGUAUUUACAUUUAAAUGAAUAGUUUUAUAUCAACAUUCCAAGAAUCAUUUUAACAUGACAUUUAUUUACAUAUUUUUUUUAUUAUUAUUUUUAAUUCGAAACAGAGAAUAUAUAGUGUUAUAAAACAUGUCGACGUAAAUUGACUUAAAAAAAAUAAUAAUUUUAAAGUCGAUUUAAAAAAAAAAGUCUGUACGAUAUAUAAUUUAGUUGGCUGUUCUGAGGCACUUCUGUAUUCUCUGUUCAAUGGUAAAGUAGAGCGCGGAAAGUGAUUGUAGUUUUUAGAGCUAUGUUUUGAUGAAUAUUGUAUGUUGCUUCAUUAAAAUGGUGGUUUAAUGUUA